AUGGAUGCAGUUCGUCAGGAGGUGACACAGCUGAUGCAGGAGGGUGUCCAAAAGACGGCAUCCUACUGCGCCUCUCUUUGUGCCGAGCGCAUCGUUACCGCACGGCGGGAGAUGCAGAGGCGGUGGGCAGAGGAGCGUCGAGAGCUGGAGAGGCUUUACGGCCUGCCUCCCAACUGCGGGGCGGGGACCCCGAUGUCUUCUUCGGCGAGGUGUAGUGGCACCUCUCGCAUGGCCUUGGCACCUGCAUCGCGCGCAGGCUCGGUUCACUCCUCUCACGAGGGGUUUCAGCCGAUGCCUUCGCAGCAAGCAGGCGGGGCGCAAUCCUCCAGCUUCCCGUCGAAGGCCGGGCUAAAAGCCCAGAGAGCUUCCGAGGAGCACCUGCAGCAUAACUUGGACUCCACGUUUAUCGACGCCUACGACGCCGUGCAAACGCUUGAGGAGCGGAACCAACAGGCUGCACGAGCCAUGCAGCUACUGGACGAGGCGCUGAGGGCAGCCGAAAGCACCGGUCCUGGCCGGUCGAACCGAUGUCCACCAGGCAGACCACUUAGUGGCAGCAAUGUCGCCUCCAGCAUGCAGGAGGACGCGAAAGCUGCGGCGAGCCCUCCGAGUGUUCAGGCGGCGUCGGCGAAGGUCAUAAAUGGGAUCGAUGGCAAAGUACAGCGAGGUUCCAUGGCACAAGUAGUCACCCAGCCGGCUGUCCCGCUGAGCUCUCCGGAAGACUGGCCGCUGCCGGCGUCGCACACGCCGGCAGGCACUCCGCCCAGGGUGCCGUCGCUGAGCUCGAAGCCCCCUUCGGUCGCCAGUGCACCCGUGCACCGGACGGUCAGCGACGGGAGCAGAAGAGAAGUUUGGGGAGUCCAGGCCCCGCCUUUAGCGAGACCAUGCGCUGCUGAGUGGGAGUGUGAGAGAGCUCCAGCACCCGUCGGCGUUGCGCGGCCGUCGUCGGAUCUCCACGCCGUAUAA